GGGUUGAGCAUAGGUGGAACCAACAUGGGCUUGGUGGUGAUAAUCUUGAAGGUUUGUGUAGAGAUCUACCCCUGGUCCGGUAAGCUUGUUGCAUUGGAGUGGGAAGGCAAGCCAUGGCUGAGACUUGACUCCAAGAGACCGUGUCCGUUGGAUAGUCUUUGGACACCGUACGAUCUAUUCCGGCAUGCACCGUUGUUCUCCGACGAUUGA